AUUUAAGCAAAUAAAAAACAAUAGCAAUAAAUUAGACGAUAAACAAAUGCACAAGAAAUCUAAACAAAUCGCGAAUGAAUAAAAUGCACAAAAUGUUGUAAUUAAGUAGCAAAAGCUAAUAACAACAAUAACAAAAGGCUUGAGUCCUACAUUCGUGACGCGUCGCGUGCACAGUGGGACAAAAGCGCACAAACAUCACCGAGAAUACAAAGCGAAGCAGAGGAAAACAAAAGGAGCACAAAGCAAACGAACAAUCGAUUCAAGCAAUUAAAGCACAACGAAUAGCAUAAACGUAAAUAUAGGAACAAUGCCACGCCCACAUCAGUUGCCCAUAGUGCUGCGUGCUCUGUUGCAACUGUUGCUGUUCAGCAACAUUGCCCAGCAACACUGCACCACCGCAUUGCCCACCACAAGCACCACUUCAAUACCAAUCACGGUGGCAACCAACAACAUCAUCAUCAGCAGCAGCAGCACAGAGUUGCCCAUGGUCAGCAGUUCGUCGGAUCGGAAUCUUAGGGAUCUGGUCAAUGAUGAUGGACAUGCUGGCUCUGGCUGGGAAACCCUUGAGACUGAAUUUCACUUAGCCACGCACAGUCCACCACAACAACCACAACAACCACAGGUCACUGCACCCACAUCCAUCGAGCAGCAGGAUCAACCACCGGCAAUUCCUGCCACAACGUUGGCUUUCUCCAAUGCGGUUGCCGUUGCCGGCGACACAUUGGACUCCAAACUGGGCGAUGCCACGCCUCCCUACGCCGCCGUCGAUGAUAAUUAUGUGCCAAGCAAACCUCAAAAUCUCACCGUUCUGGAUGUGUCUGCUAAUAGCAUUACAAUGUCCUGGCAUCCACCAAAGAACCAGAAUGGUGCCAUUGCCGGCUAUCAUGUUUUCCACAUACACGACAAUCAAACUGGCGUCGAGAUUGUUAAGAAUUCCCGCAACUCGGCCGAAACGCUGAUACACUUCGAGCUGCAGAGUCUGAAACCCUUCACCGAUUACCGUGUCAUUGUGAAAGCAUUCACAACAAAGAACGAGGGAGAACCCUCCGAUCAGAUUGCCCAGCGAACGGAUGUGGGCGGACCGAGUGCGCCGGCGAUUGUAAAUCUGACAUGUCAUUCGCAGGAGUCGAUUACGAUACGCUGGAAGCGACCCUAUGAGUUCUACAACACCAUCGAUUUUUACAUCAUUAAAACGCGACUGACCGGUCAGGAUACGCAUCGUGAUAUACGCAUCAAUGCAUCUACCAAGGAGCUGGAAACGGCGAUGAUUUUACAAAACCUGACAACAAAUUCCUACUAUGAAGUCAAGGUGGCAGCGGCAACAUUCAGUGUUAUAAAUCCCAAGAAAAUUGUGGUUGGCAAGUUUUCGGAACCCAGAAUUAUACAAUUGCAUCCGAAUUGUGAGAAGAUACAACCGCUGUUGCGUCAAUCCCAUAAUGACUACAACUUGGCCGUGUUGGUGGGCAUCAUUUUCAGCUGCUUUGGCAUCGUGCUGAUCGUCAUGGCCUUUUUCUUGUGGAGCAGAAAGUGCUUCCAUGCCGCUUAUUACUACCUGGACGAUCCUCCGCAUCAUCCCAAUGCGCCUCAGGUGGACUGGGAGGUGCCCGUGAAGAUUGGAGAUGAGAUUCGAGCUGCUGUGCCCGUAAAUGAGUUUGCCAAGCAUGUGGCUUCCCUGCACGCCGAUGGAGACAUCGGAUUCAGUCGAGAGUACGAGGCCAUUCAGAAUGAAUGCAUCACCGAUGACUUGGCCUGCGAGCACUCACAGCAUCCGGAGAACAAGCGCAAGAAUCGCUACCUUAACAUUACAGCCUACGAUCACAGUCGCGUGCAUUUGCAUCCGACUCCUGGGCAAAAGAAGAACCUGGACUAUAUCAAUGCCAACUUCAUCGAUGGCUAUCAGAAGUCGCAUGCGUUCAUCGGCACCCAAGGACCGUUGCCUGAUACCUUCGAUUGCUUCUGGCGCAUGAUCUGGGAGCAGCGUGUGGCCAUCAUUGUGAUGAUCACCAAUCUGGUUGAGCGUGGCAGGCGCAAGUGCGACAUGUACUGGCCCAAGGAUGGCGUGGAAACCUAUGGUGUGAUCCAGGUCAAACUGGUCGAGGAGGAGGUCAUGUCCACCUACACGGUGCGAACUCUGCAGAUUAAGCAUCUGAAAUUGAAGAAGAAGAAGCAGUGCAAUAUGGAGAAACUUGUGUAUCAAUAUCACUACACCAACUGGCCAGAUCAUGGCACACCGGAUCAUCCAUUACCAGUGCUGAAUUUCAUCAAGAAAUCCUCUGCCGCCAAUCCCGCCGAGGCUGGUCCCAUCGUUGUCCAUUGCAGUGCUGGCGUUGGACGCACUGGCACCUACAUUGUCCUGGACGCCAUGCUGAAGCAGAUUCAGCAAAAGUCGAUAGUCAAUGUCUUUGGAUUUCUGCGACACAUUCGCGCACAGCGCAACUUCCUUGUCCAGACGGAGGAGCAGUACAUCUUCCUGCAUGACGCUCUGGUGGAGGGCAUUGCCUCCGGCGAAACGAAUCUGACAACCGAGCAAAUUGAGGAGCUAAAGAACUGCACUCCCUACUUGGAGCAGCAGUACAAGAACAUCAUACAAUUCCAGACAAAGGACAUACACAUCGCCUCGGCCAUGAAACAGGUCAACUCCAUCAAGAAUCGUGGCGCCAUCUUUCCCAUCGAGGGCAGUCGUGUUCACCUGACACCCAAGCCUGGAGAGGAUGGCAGUGAUUAUAUUAACGCCUCCUGGCUGCAUGGUUUCCGGCGACUACGCGACUUUAUUGUCACUCAGCAUCCCAUGACGCAUACGAUAAAGGAUUUCUGGCAAAUGGUCUGGGAUCACAAUGCCCAAACCAUCGUGUUGCUCUCAUCGCUGGAUGACAUUAACUUUGCACAGUUCUGGCCGGACGAGGCCACGCCCAUCGAAAGCGAUUAUUAUCGCGUCAAAUUCCUGAACAAGACGAACAAAAGCGACUAUGUGAGUCGCGAUUUCGUUAUUCAGUCCAUACAGGACGACUACGAGCUGAGUGUGAAGAUGCUGCACUGCCCCAGCUGGCCAGAGAUGUCCAAUCCGAACAGCAUCUAUGACUUUAUUGUCGAUGUGCACGAGCGCUCGAAUGAUUACCGCAAUGGACCCAUUGUCAUUGUCGACAGAUAUGGCGGAGCACAGGCGUGCACCUUCUGUGCCAUCUCAUCGCUGGCCAUUGAGAUGGAAUACUGCAACACGGCGAAUGUGUAUCAGUAUGCCAAGUUGUAUCACAAUAAACGUCCUGGUGUUUGGACCUCCAGCGAGGACAUACGUCUCAUCUACAACAUUCUGUCCUAUUUGCCUGGCAAUCUGAAUUUAUUGAAGCGCACAGCGCUGCGCACUGAAUUCGAGGAUGUGACAACGGCAACGCCGGAUCUCUAUAGCAAAAUCUGCAGCAACGGUAAUGUUCCACACCUACAACAACAGCAGCUGCAACAACAGCAGCAACAGCUGUUGCUAGCACAGCAGCAACAACAUUUGCUGCAGCUGCAAAUGCAACAUGAAACACAGCAACAACAGCUACAACAACAACAACAACAACAACAUCUGCAACAGCAACAGCAAACACAACAAAAUCUCAUUAGUCAUAAUAGUCAUCAAACAGAAGUAGGAGCCAUAACAAAAACAGAUACAGAUACAGAUACAAAUACAGAUACGAAUACAGAAUUAGGAACAGAAACAGAAACAGCUACAGCAAUACCAGCAACAACAACAACAACCAAUACUAAUUCCUCCUUAUUACCCAUCUCAUCAUUGUUACCUCCCACAGUUGCUCCAUCAUCCAUCACACACACAUCAUCAACGUCAAACAGCUCCGACCACCAUACAAAAACAGUCCUAAACAAUAUAACAUCAACAACACCAACUACACCACCUUCAGUAACAACACCAACUGCAACAACAACAACAACAAUAACACCUACAAAUGAUCUAACCCAUACUAAUGCUAAUCUUACCACUGUUACUAAUAAUGCUGCUAACUUGGUCGCUGAUGCUCCGAUGAUUGUUGCUGCCUCUGAUGAUUUAAACUUGGCCCAACACCAACAACAACAAAUGCUGGCGCUGAUGCAACAACAAACCCAAUUGCAACAACAAUAUAAUACUCAUCAACAACAACAACAACUACAACAACAAUCGGAUAAUGCCAACUGCCUGCUGCCCACAAAUGUUGAUGAAUUGCUCAAUCCAAUGAACACAAUGAUUCAACCGAACAACAUUAACAACAACAAAAACAACAAUAAUCUGCAACAACAACAACAACAACUUCAUGCAGCAGUCACAGAUGCUCAAAACCUAGAUAUUGUAGCCUAAAUUAACUAAAAAACAAAAACAAUUUUAUAAUAUAAUGAUAUGAAUAAUUUUAUAUAUAUGUAUAUGCUAAGAUAUGAUACGUCUUAAUAUAAAAGUAAAUAUAAUACACAGUAAUUAAAUAUAAUUAUGUAUACACUUCAAUGUAUUUAAGCGAGUGAACUAAGCGUUUAGCGCAAUAUCCUUCAACUAUUAUUUAUGAUUUAUUUAUUGAUAUAAUUGCUUUUAUUUAAUAGACCCUCCUCCACCCUUCCCAUUUACCACAAUGGUAUUUCAAUGCGGAAUACAUUUAAUCAUUAUUCAUAUGUUUAAAGUAAUUAGUCACAACUAACAAAUAGUCAACAAAUAAACAACUAGAAACAUAGAAACAAGGCACAGAAUUAUAUUACAUAAUAUCGAUAAAAGUUACGCUAAUGUAGCUUAACGCACAAAGUGAAUGGAUAGUUCCCCACAUACGAGAAUAAUAUAAAUAAUAAUAAAAAGUAAUAAUACUUAAAUCCCAUAUUUUGUUAAUAUUCGUUACAUUUACACUUAAAUGUUGUCUAUUUGUGCCAUGCUCUAAUAUUUAGUUGAAAUCAGGUCUUAAAUGCCAGUUAACCAAUGAGCAUUAAUUGUUUUAUCGUUUGCAAAAUUAAAUUCAUUCAAUGUCCGUCCUAGAAUCUGUUAUUGAUACUGUUUUCUGCUCACACUUUUAUCAAUUAAUUGUUAAACUUGAUGCAAUUGAAUUAUACAAAAAAAAAAACAAAUUUAAUAACUUAGCGAAAAUUAUGCGAAUUUAAUAGACGAAAAAGUGAACAUAAAACAUACACAUAUUCAAGAGUUAACGAAUACGAAUAAUGUCAAAUAUGUAUUUUCCCAGGCACGUACACAAAAUAUUUUUCAAAUUAAAAUUAAACCAAGCACUUAAUGAGCACAUCACUGUAAAUCCUAAAACAAUUGAACUAAUCACAAAACACCGACGCAUCACAAUUGUAAAUAUAUUUAAAAUAAAGACCGUAAAAAUGCAUGAAAGAAUCAGAAAAAUAAUUAAUGUUUAAGACGGGCCCAAAUACUGGACUGGAUUGUUCUGAACCGGCUCUUAAUACUAUAAAUAUUGUAAAAAUAAAAAUAUAUUAUAUGAUAAAAUUGCUUAGCGUCUAGUAUUUAAGAACUUAUUAUUUGUAAAACAGAUCGCAAGCAAAGUAUUACUAAAAUAUAAAUUCAUGUGAAAAACUCGAAAGAUAAAAAUUGGUAAAUAUUAAAAAAUUGUUUUUCUCACUUGUGGAAUAUGGAAAAGCAUAAAAAAUCAAAUAAGAAGUGCAUUUCUUAACGGCUCCAGAAAUGGGAAACGAGAUUUAAAAUACAAACAUACCCAGCUUCUUAAGAUAUAAUAUGUAUUACAAUGCGAAGUAAUACUCCGUGUCCCAUUUCCCAAUCUUGUACAGACAAAUAUGAUAUCGAACUUUUGUUUUGUCUUAGUUUUGCACUUUUGAAUUGCCAUGGCUCAUAUAUAGAUAUAUAUUUAAAUAACAAAUUAUAUAAAUAUAUAUUUCUAAGUACGAUGAAUCAAUGGAUUACGCAUGUACAAGUUUUCAUGGUAGCCCUAUAAGUAAAUAGUAUUAAUUGCAUAAGAGCAGGGUGUUAUUAUUACGAUUAGUUGGGUUCUAAACAGCUGUACAAUACCCCACAUUAAUGCUUGAGUCAGUUUUGCGCCCUGUUCCAUCGACUCGACAUUUAAGCAACUAGAAAGUAAUCGAUUUACACAUUUGUAAGUAAAUAUACAUAUGUAUUUACUGAUAAAAAUGUUUUAAAGACUGGUUUUUUGUAAACAUUAUCUUAAGCAGGUAUACUGAUUAUGAUUAUAAUGUAUAAUUGCAUUUGACCUUUAAUGCUUAUUGAUUUGCCCACGUCAGCCAGAUUGGUUUUCAUUUAAUGCUACAAGGUAUACCAAAAGUUCAUGUCUGUUAACCAGCUAAAAAUCCAUUGAAAUUUGCUUUAGAUCUGGAAAUACCGAAGAUAUCAGUGAACGCAAAUAUAUUUUUUAAUUUUGUCAAAAUGAACUUACAGGUAUAUAUUGAUUCAUGCUGCGUUUCCAUAUUGAAUUAAAAAACCACAUAAAUGAAAAUGAACAUUUGAACCUAACGACCAAUUUUAAAAUUAUGUUUAUUAAAAAGAGACCCUUUUACAGUUAAGUGAUUAAGAAACAAUUUAUGUGUAUGUAUUUAUAUCCCAAAGGCUUGUAAAUUCUCAUACUAAAGGCAAACUAGAAUGCUUCAUCUGUAAUAUAAAAACCAUAUUAUUUCAACUAAACGAUAACUAAAGCAUUUUAACUAAUACAAAACAAACAGAGUAGCUUUUAGAUAUACAUAAUUGUAUGUAAUACUAUAAAUUGAAUUGAAUGAAUGAGAAUAUUUGUAAAUGACAGCCAAAUAAACCUUGACGAAUCUGGCGAGUAAUAUCCCAGAAAAUGUGAAGAAUACAAGAUCCGAAACUAUACAAAACAAAACAGAAAAACACUGCACACACUUCUCGAGCAAGGAAACCUUUCCAAGACUAACUACCUUCACAAAUCAUAUAUAAUUAAUAUAAAUAUUAUCUAAUUGACGGUGUUAUGCAAUUUAUAAAUGUGAUGAAUGUCAAACUUAAGCGUAUAAAACUCAAACAAAACAGAAAACCCUACAAAACAAAAAAAAAAUACAACCGAUUAGUAAGAAAGCUGAAUGUAGCGAAAACUUAAGUAAGCAUAACCGACGAUUUUAGAGCUAAGCGAUAUGCAAAUGGAUACAAAAGAGCAGCCCAUAGUUUUUAAAGGGAAUUACAGAGUAGCAG